AUGUUAGGAGACCCGAUAUCACUUAGCUCUGGGCUCAUUACGUUGGUGGGGUUUACUCUCGGGUCAGCAAACACCCUCUUCAAGACUAUAGAUAGCUUCCAGACGAAUAAGAGAACCAUUCGUGAGCUCAGAGAAGAACUUAAAGACCUGGAAGAAGUUCUCAAUAACCUCAAACGGCAUACUGCAGAGAGUGGCUCGGAGCUUACUUCCCUUAAGCAUCCGUUGCUUCGGUGCGGAAAUGUGUGCAAGGACUUUGAUGAUACAAUCAGAAGAUGUACUACAAAUUCCGAUGGCUUGAGGACAAGUUUCCGCGACUGGGCCAAGUUAACGUAUAUGGGUGAGGAUAUAUCUCGAUUCAAACUUAUGGUUUCGGGAUAUAAGUCGACAAUUAGUAUCGCGAUUGGCGGCGCUAUUCUUCAGAAGACCAGUGUUAAUGCGAAAGCCCUCGAGGGAUACAAGAAGUUGGUCGCGGAUACGACAUCUGACCUCAAAGAACAUCUGGUGGAAAUAGAGAGCAAGCUCGAUGCCUUCGUAAUCCCCAGCGCUGAAUUAUCCGACAAGACGAAUCAAGAGCUGGCCAAUAUCAAAGAGGAAAGGGAGAACACCAAAAAAUGUCUCGAAAUUUGUGCCGAGGUCGGUGAUUAUAUCGACAUGGUCCAGCAUCGUCGACUUAGCGAUAUUUCGUCCUCGGAGCUCAAAUAUGCAACAAUCAAUACGUUGAAAGGUUGUAAAGAUACGCUUACCGCCUUUUCCACUCAGAUGGAACAGCGUUCAGAACAGGCAAAUACCAGGCUAGGGAAACUCCUAGCACUGAAUGCAGAUGAUUCUUAUGAGGAAGAUGCUAAGUUGGUAGAGGAAAUCCAGGCCGAAAGAGACAGUCUCAAACAUUGUAUUGGUGUCUGCAAUGAAAUGUCUGUGGAGGCAAAUCGCGUGCGGACCAACAUCUUCGAAGACAUUACCUCGUCAGAUGAUUCUCACCUGGUGUUUAUUUCAACCGUUGGUGAUCUUAUUUCCGCAAGUCGGAUUACCACAGGGGCUAGGUCGGAAUACUGGAUGGGUCAGAUGUCUGAUGACUCCGUUAAGCAACUGUCUCAAGAUCGCACCGUUAUUACUCUCCGAAAACCUUUUGAAGGUACUUCGAGUAAUACAUUGGACAGCUCCUUGGAUAAUAAGUCAUCUCCAAAGGACGGCUUUCUUCACCGUCAUGGCUCAGGCCGACAGGUAGGGGAGAAGUGA